AAGCUCUCUUCUCUCCUUUUUCUCUCUCCCUCAAAUCCCUUAUCGUACGUCAAAUCUCAACCUCUCUCGCUUCUCCGAUCUCCUCUUCGCGCUCGACCGAGACAUCUCCGACUAUGGGAGGCGGAGCCGACGACGUUUUGACCAAAUCGGACGGCGGAGAUGGAGUCAACAUCAACGUCAAAACCCCUAAUGGCUCCAAGUACGCCGCUCAAAUCAGCCUCGACGCCACCGUCCGGGCGCUCAAGGAAGCUCUCUCGCCGAAGUGCGACGUUCCGGUUGAUCAGCAGAGGCUGAUUUACAAGGGCCGGAUCUUGAAGGAUGAUCAGACUCUCCGGAGCUACGGUCUGGAGGCGGAUCAUGCUGUUCACUUGGUUCGUAGCUUUGCACCAUCUGCAGCAGCCACCACUGCUGAUGCAACCAAUGCUGGAAGUGAAAAUUCUACCCAAGCAAGGGGUGUUGGAUCUAAUGGUGAUGGAGCAUUGGGAGGAUCUGGCAAUGUCAAUAGGAUGGGUAGCACUGGUGGUUUAUUUGGAUUGGGGUUUCCUGACUUGGAACAAGUGGAGCAACAAAUUACAAGAGACAUGAUGAACAUCCCUCUCUUUGACGAUCUUAUGAAUAGCACUGACAUUGUACAGAACAUGGUUACGAACAACCCUCAAAUGCGUGAGAUUAUUGAUCGGAAUCCUGAGUUAGGGCACAUUCUCAAUGAUCCUGCCACUAUUCGUCAGACACUUGAAGCAUCAAGAAACCCUGAGCUUAUGCGUGAGAUGAUGCGCAACAGUGACAGGGCUAUGAGCAACAUUGAAUCUUCUCCUGAGGGAUUCAACAUGCUUAGACGUAUGUAUGAAAAUGUACAAGAGCCAUUACUGAAUGCAUCAACCAUGGCCGGUAAUACUGGGUUUGAUAGUUCAAAUCCAUUAGCAGCUCUUUUCACCCCCCAAGGUGGGAACCCAACCAGGACUCAGUUAACAAACUCAUCAACUGCUAGUUCUGAUUCAGCAACUAGUCCCCCUGCUCCAAACACCGUCCCACUUCCCAACCCAUGGUCACCUACAGGCUGGGAUGGUAGGUCGCAGACACCAGCUGGUCAAACUGGACUUGGCUUUCCAGAAUUUGAAGCCAUGAUGGGUACAACGCAGGAUAACACUUUGCUGAAUCAGGCUGUACAAAACCCAGCUGUUUCUCAGCUCAUGCAAAACUUCAUCUCCAAUCCUCAGAGUAUUAGCGAGAGUAUUCAGUCCGACCCCCAGUUACGAAGCAUGCUUAGUUCCAAUCCUCUCUUUAGAGAAAUGAUUCAAAACCAUGAAUUUUUUCGUCAGUUGGCUUCUCCUGAGACUAUGCAGCUAUUUUUUAUGUUAAUACAAGCACUUUUGUCGCUUCUAGGUGAUGAAGAAGAACAAGCAACCCAGGAACCGGGAGAGACAGGACAGACUGAUGGAGGCACAGGACCAGUCGAUAACUCAGGAUUACAGGCGCUGUUGAACCUGUUUGGUGGGCUUGGCACUGGCAGCCCAGCUGUUCCCAACAGACCAAGUGUGCCACCGGAAGAACUCUAUGCUGCACAGCUUUCACAACUUCAGGAGAUGGGUUUCUUCGAUAGACAAGAGAACAUACGGGCUCUGAUGACCUCUGCUGGAAAUGUCCAUGCUGCAAUAGAGCGACUAUUGGGGAAUUCAGGUCAAUAGUUUAGAGUCACGGGUUCUCUACUUGUUCCGGUCAUGUCCCAGGCCGUGGUUUGCCAAGAUUGAUCUUGUUGGAUAAGAAUCAUAAGAUGAUAUUUGAUAAGAUGAGCCCUCUGUAAGUGGUGUGAGGUUAUGGUACCCGGGUGUGGUUUCUCGCAAGAACUAUAUCAGACCCGAGUGUACAUAGUUGACUAGUAUUAGCUGUAUGCACGGUAUGGCAGAUUUGUUUCCCCUGAAAAUUUGUAAGAACUAUCGGGUAGCUGCGUAAGUUUCAGUUUCUAUUGCAUAUAUAGACUCGUGAGAAAUGGUUGAAGUAUAUAGCUAAGCUCUCGUUGAAUACAGAUUGAUGCCUUGUCGAAAGAGCCAGAAUUUGC